AUGCCUCCUGUUUCCAAGAAACGUGCUGCCGAUGAUUCUGAUGAGGAUCAAAUGGUCCCUGUCAAAACAUCGAAAAAGACCAAGCAUGGAAUGACUGCAGAUGGUGAAGACGACGAAGGGAAUCCAUUUUGGGAGCUCUCAAACAAACGCCGCGUGGGAGUUUCGAAAUUCAAGAACAUGUAUCUUGUUAACUUUCGAGAGUACUAUGAGAUGAAUGGCAAAAUGCUCCCAGGCAAAAAGGGAAUUUCACUAUCCGUGGCCCAGUAUACAGCUCUUCUGAAGGCUGUACCCUCAAUCAAUGCCGCGCUUCGACAAAUGGGUCAAGCAGUGGAAGACGUUGAAGACCUUGAUGAGACAACAGUCGAACCGGCCAAGAGGCCAAAGAAGGAGAGGAAAACAUCUAAAGCGAACAUUGAAGCAACAAGUGACGAGGAAGAGGACUAG